GAGGAGGAGGAGGCCUGGGGGAGCCGCCCCGGCAGGAGAAACGGCACCGGGGGAGAAGGAGGAGGAGGAGGAAGAAGAAGAGGAGGAGGAGGAGGUGGUGAUCCAUGCGGACCAGGCUCCGUUCUCGCAGAUGAGCCUAGAGCCAAGGUGGCCCUUCGAACCCAGAUAGUCGGUCGGCGCACUGCCCAAGCAGGAUGCCAUCCACGAGCCGAGCGGGCAGCCUGAAGGAUCCAGAAAUUGCUGAGCUCUUUUUCAAAGAGGACCCAGAGAAGCUCUUCACGGACCUCCGAGAGAUCGGCCAUGGGAGCUUCGGAGCUGUUUACUUUGCGCGCGACGUGCGCACCAAUGAAGUGGUGGCCAUCAAGAAAAUGUCUUAUAGUGGGAAGCAGUCUAACGAGAAAUGGCAAGAUAUUGUUAAAGAAGUCAAGUUCCUACAGAGAAUUAAACAUCCGAACAGUAUAGAAUACAAGGGCUGCUAUUUGCGGGAACAUACAGCAUGGCUUGUUAUGGAAUACUGCUUAGGAUCGGCAUCGGAUCUGUUAGAAGUCCAUAAAAAGCCGUUACAAGAGGUGGAAAUUGCUGCAAUCACCCACGGUGCUCUCCAAGGUUUGGCGUACUUGCAUUCCCACAACAUGAUCCACAGAGAUAUCAAGGCAGGAAACAUCCUGUUGACAGAGCCCGGCCAGGUGAAGCUGGCGGACUUUGGAUCGGCCUCCAUAGCGUCGCCGGCCAAUUCGUUCGUGGGGACGCCAUAUUGGAUGGCCCCAGAAGUGAUUUUAGCCAUGGAUGAAGGGCAGUACGAUGGAAAGGUGGACGUGUGGUCUCUUGGAAUAACAUGUAUUGAAUUAGCCGAGAGGAAGCCUCCGUUGUUUAAUAUGAACGCAAUGAGUGCCUUAUAUCACAUCGCGCAGAAUGAAUCCCCUGCACUCCAGUCCAAUGAAUGGUCUGACUAUUUUCGGAACUUUGUAGAUUCUUGUCUCCAGAAAAUCCCCCAAGAUAGGCCAACGUCAGAGGAACUCCUGAAGCACGUGUUUGUUAUCCGGGACCGGCCCGAGACGGUGUUGAUAGAGCUGAUCCAGAGAACCAAGGAUGCGGUCCGAGAACUGGACAAUCUUCAGUACCGCAAAAUGAAGAAGCUUCUGUUCCAAGAGGCGCACAACGGCCCUGCCGUGGAGGCCCAGGAAGAAGACGAGGAGCAAGACCACGGCGUGGGCCGGACGGGAACGGUGAACAGCGUCGGGAGCAGCCAGUCCAUCCCGAGUAUGUCCAUCAGUGCCAGCAGCCAAAGCAGUAGCGUGAACAGUCUUCCGGAUGCCUCGGAUGACAAGAGUGAGCUGGAUAUGAUGGAAGGGGACCACACGGUGAUGUCAAACAGCUCGGUGAUCCACCUGAAGCCGGAGGAAGAAAACUACAGAGAGGAUUCCGACCCACGGUCGAGAGCUUCGGAGCCUCAGAGCCCACCUCAAGUGUCUCGCCACAGGUCCCAUUACCGUAACCGGGAGCACUUUGCUACCAUACGCACAGCGUCCUUGGUGACAAGGCAGAUGCAGGAACACGAGCAAGACUCAGAGCUCCGCGAGCAGAUGUCCGGCUACAAGCGCAUGCGGCGGCAGCACCAGAAGCAGCUCAUGGCCCUGGAGAACAAGCUCAAGGCCGAGAUGGACGAGCACCGUCUGCGGCUGGACAAGGACCUCGAGACGCAGCGCAGCAGCUUUGCCGCCGAGAGGGAGAAGCUCCUCAAGAAGCACCAGGCGGCCGCGGAGAAAGAGGCAAAAGUCAUGGCCAACGAGGAGAAGAAGUUCCAGCAGCACAUUCAAGGCCAGCAGAAGAAAGAGCUGAACAGCUUCCUGGAGUCGCAGAAGCGCGAGUACAAGCUCCGGAAAGAGCAGCUCAAAGAGGAGCUGAACGAGAACCAGAGCACCCCCAAGAAGGAGAAGCAGGAGUGGCUGUCCAAGCAGAAGGAGAACAUCCAGCACUUCCAGGCCGAGGAGGAGGCCAACCUUCUCCGGCGCCAGCGGCAGUACCUGGAGCUGGAGUGCCGGCGCUUCAAGAGGAGGAUGCUGCUGGCCCGCCACAACUUGGAGCAGGACCUGGUCCGGGAGGAGCUGAACAAGCGCCAGACGCAGAAGGACCUGGAGCACGCCAUGCUGCUGCGCCAGCACGAGUCCAUGCAGGAGCUGGAGUUCCGGCACCUGGGCACCAUCCAGAAGAUGCGCUGCGAGCUGAUCCGCCUCCAGCACCAGACGGAGCUCACCAACCAGCUGGAGUACAACAAGCGGCGCGAGCGGGAGCUGAGGCGCAAGCACGUCAUGGAGGUCCGGCAGCAGCCCAAGAGCCUCAAGUCCAAAGAGCUGCAGAUCAAGAAGCAGUUCCAGGACACCUGCAAGAUCCAGACCCGGCAGUACAAGGCGCUGCGGAACCACCUGCUGGAGACCACGCCCAAGAGCGAGCACAAGGCGGUCCUCAAGCGGCUCAAGGAGGAGCAGACACGCAAGCUGGCCAUCUUGGCGGAGCAGUACGACCACAGCAUCAACGAGAUGCUCUCCACCCAAGCACUCCGGCUGGACGAGGCGCAGGAAGCGGAGUGCCAGGUCCUGAAGAUGCAGCUGCAGCAGGAACUGGAGCUUCUGAAUGCCUACCAGAGCAAGAUCAAGAUGCAGGCGGAGGCCCAGCACGACCGGGAGCUGCGGGAACUAGAGCAGCGCGUCUCCCUGCGCAGGGCCCUCCUGGAGCAGAAGAUCGAGGAAGAGAUGCUCGCCUUGCAGAACGAGCGCACCGAGCGGAUCCGGAGCCUGCUGGAGCGCCAGGCGCGGGAGAUCGAGGCCUUCGACUCGGAGAGCAUGCGGCUGGGCUUCAGCAACAUGGUCCUCUCGAACCUCUCCCCGGAGGCCUUCAGCCACAGCUACCCGGGUGCCUCCAGCUGGUCCCAUCAUCCCUCCGGGGCGGCCGGGCCACACUGGGGGAGUCACCCCGUGAGCGCCCCGCCCCAAGCCUGGGGCCACCCGAUGCAAGGCGGCCCCCAGCCGUGGGGCCACCCCUCGGCGCCCAUGCAGGGGGUGCCCCGGGGGGGCUCUCUCGGGGUCCGCAACAGCCCCCAGGCGUUAAGGCGGACGGCUUCAGGGGGGCGGACGGAGCCGGGCAUGAGCCGAAGCACCAGCGUCACCUCGCAGAUCUCCAAUGGGUCGCAUAUGUCUUACACAUAAUCGUGCAGCCAAGCCUCUAAUGCCCCCGCCUGCCUGCCCGCCCGCCCCCCCCACCGCCAAGGGUGGUGGUGGUGGUGGAGGGUCGCGGCUCCCCUGGAGCAGCCUGCCAACAGGAACGGCCGACAGACAGACAGCCCCUCCCAGCACGGACUCUGGGCGCCCGACUGACCGACCGACCGACCGGCUGGUGUGCGUUUGUUUUUGAAAGCGUUCCGUUCGGGUUUUUUUCUAAUUGAGAUGUCAUAGUAUUUAGUUGGGCUUGGGGCACGGCAAAGUUACUGGUGCAUUUUUAGAAGGCAGCUCUUUGAGUGGCGACGGCAGUAAGAAUCGGGGCCUUCCUUUCUUCAGCUGUUUUGUCCAGCUCGCUUGCCCUCUGUCUCUCUGCUGGAGCGCCGAAGAGAAAGGGCCGCCCGUGGGUGGGUGUUUGGGGGAAAGCAGGCUCCUCUCGGCCGCCGCUCUGCACAGCCCCCCCCCGCCCUGGCCCACCCCUACGUUCUCUAUUGCACUAAGAGGUGACGCCUCCGGAGUUUAGGGUGCACGCGGUCACUCGGACGAAACUGCACUAGUGAAGCGCCACCUGCCCUCAGACCCUGUUGGCUGUUCAGCCCCAACCGGCUGUGGGGUGCAUGGGUGAGCCCGAGUAUGUGUGUGUGUGUCUGUGGUUGUGGAAGGGGAAGAGGCGAGGGGGCCGAGGGGCGGGAAGAGAGACGUGCCCUUUUCUGGCUUGAUACUGUGACAUCUCAUUCUAGAUAAGUGUCAGAAC